CCCCUAGCAGGGCGGGAGAUUCGGUGUGCAGCAGGCAGGCUUCCCAUCCCCCAGCCGGUCUCCGGGCUCCUCUACUGCUUUGCGACCCUCUCAGCCUGUGCUUAACCGGAAUUUGGCCUUUCCUGCUGGGGCCCAAGCCGCCUUCCCUGCGGCGCCCAGUCAGCGGAGUACGGUCCGGCGGGCGCGGGGAGGCCGGAGCGGCGCCUGGCGGAGACCUAGAGGUGGGACAACGAGGCAGCCCGCUUCCCUCUGCCGCUUAGCUCGGGGUUGUGAGGUGACUCUACCUGAACUUUCCAGCUGCAGAAUGUGUAGUACUUUUAAAGGUUGGCAAUGAUGAGUAAACUGGAAUUAAAGGAAGACAAGAUGCUGGAAGUUCAGUUUGUGGGAGAUGAUGAUGUUCUUAAUCACAUUCUGGAUAGAGAAGGAGGAGCUAAAUUAAAAAAGGAGAGAGCUCAGCUUUUGGUCAACACAAAAAAAAUAAUAAAAAAGCCAGAAUAUGAUUUGGAAGAAGAUGGCCAGGAAGUCUUAAAAGAUCAGAACUAUGUGGAAGUUUUAGGACGAGAUAUUCAAGAAUCCUUGAAAAAUGGCUCUGCUGCAGAUGGUGGGAAUAAAGUUUAUUCUUUUCAGAGUAGAAAACACUCAGAAAAGAUGGCUAAAUUAGCUUCAGAACUAGCAAAAACACCAAGAAAAAAUGUUUCGUUAAGUUUGAAGAAUGAUCCUGAAAUUAUGAUAAACAUUCCUCAAUGUAGUAAGGGGCAUUCUGCUUCAGACAAAGUUCAAUUGAAGAACAGCGAUAAAAGUGAAUUUCUGUCUACAGCACCUAGUGGUCUAAGGAAAAGAUUAAUAGUUCCAAGGUCUCAUUCUGACAGUGAAAGUGAAUAUUCUGCUUCCAACUCAGAAGAUGAUGACGGGGUUGCACAAGAAUAUGAAGAGGACACUGAUGAAGUCAUAUUGAACCAAAAGAUUCCAUCUCAGAAUAGAGCCAUUUCAGCUCCUGUUUGCAAAGAAACACCUUCUAAGAAAAUGAAGAGAGAUAAAACAAGUGAUUUGGUAGAAGAAUAUUUUGAAGCUCAUAGCAGUUCAAAAGUUUUAACCUCUGACAGAACACUGCAGAAAAUAAAGCGAGCUAAACUGGAUCAGCAAACUUUGCGUAAUUUAUUGAGCAAAGUUUCUCCUUCCUUUUCUGCUGAACUUAAACAACUAAAUCAACAAUAUGAACAGUUAUUUCACAAAUGGAUGUUGCAGUUACGCCUGGGGUUCAACAUUGUGCUUUAUGGUCUGGGUUCUAAGAGAGAUUUACUAGAAAGGUUUCGAACCACUGUGCUGCAAGAUUCCAUUCAUGUUGUCAUCAAUGGCUUCUUUCCUGGAAUAAGUGUGAAAUCAAUCCUGAAUUCUAUAACAGAAGAAGUCCUCGAUCAUAUGGGUACUUUCCGCAGUGUAUUGGAUCAGCUAGACUGGAUAGUAAACAAAUUUAAAGAAGAUUCUUCCUUAGAACUCUUCCUUCUCAUCCACAAUUUGGAUAGCCAAAUGUUGAGAGGAGACAAAAGCCAGCAAAUUAUUGGACAGUUGUCAUCUUUACGUAACAUAUACCUUAUGGCAUCUAUUGAUCACCUCAAUGCUCCUCUCAUGUGGGAUCAUGCAAAGCAGAGUCUUUAUAACUGGCUCUGGUAUGAAACUACUACGUAUAGUCCUUAUACUGAAGAAACCUCCUAUGAGAAUUCUCUUCUGGUUAAACAAUCUGGAUCAUUACCACUUAGUUCCCUAACUCAUGUCUUACGAAGCCUUACCCCUAAUGCAAGGGGGAUUUUCAGGCUACUAAUAAAGUAUCAGCUGGAUAACCAGGAUAACCCUUCUUACAUUGGAUUUUCUUUUCAAGAUUUUUACCAACAGUGUCGAGAGGCAUUCCUGGUCAAUAGUGAUCUGACACUUCGGGCCCAGUUAACUGAAUUUAGGGACCAUAAGCUUAUAAGGACAAAGAAGGGAACUGAUGGAGUGGAAUAUCUGUUAAUUCCUGUGGACAGUGGAACACUGCAUGAUUUCCUGGAAAAGGAAGAAGAGGAGUCUUGAAGUUGUCCUUUACUCUUGAAAUCUUCUGUGGAAGGAAGGGUUGUUGUACCAGCUGCCACUCCUCUAGUCUAUAAAGUGUUGUGUUUACAUCUAACAUUAGACUCUUCCAGUGUACAAGACUUAAAGUUGGGAGGGGAGGAAUGUCAUCGAUUAGAACCUUCAUUAGCCUGGCUGGUGUACCAUCUCUAGUACUAUGCAGCGGUCCUCAAGUUGGAGAAAACGUGCCUUUCAUUCAUUACCUCUCUGGAGACUUCGUGCUGGAAUGAACAGUAUGCUCAGGGACUAUUUGGAGCUGGAUGUUUUUGAAUUCUUUUAUACUAGAGAUGAUAUUAUUCCUAAUUUUUUGAGGGCCUUUUAAACACUCCCAGAGCUGAUUGUUUGCAAAUGUGUUUGUUCCAGAGUAUGGAAGUACAAAAUCUAUUUGCUGUUCUGUCAGAGCUGACGAGUAUAAUGAAGGCAGAUCAUCCUACUGUUCUUGAAAGGCUUAACAAAAGGUGUGUAAGACUGAGGAAGAGGGCAUGACCCUCUUAAGUUGGGAUAGUGGGGAAAGCACAUGAACAAUAAUCAUGAUACUUGGAACAGCUAACAUCUCUGCCAUCACCUUCAUGACACAAGAAAGAAGCCAGGCUACUGAAACACAGUACUGAAUUACAUUUUAGUUAUUGUUUUCAAGACAACAGAAAAUAAAAAUUUAUUCUUGUAUUGACAUUUUUCUUCAAUAACUUAAAAGUGAGCAGCAUAUUAAUGGCUGAUUUUAAUCUUGAUUAUCAAGUAGACACAAAACUCAGUGUAAGACAUUUCAAUUUUUUUCUUAAAGUAAUUUCAAGCCUUUUUCCUUAGGAAAGAGAAAAAGGCUAACUUUGGCCUCUGGUCACCUAUAGUCUUCACAUACUCUCAAAGAAUUUCAUUUCCAAGUAUGAAAUAUUUUAAUUAAAAUAUCACUGUAAUAAACAACUGAGAACUGCUGAUGCGGUACGUACUUUAUCUUGUAAACCCCUUUCAUGAAACUAUUUCCCAAAAUGCUCAGAAUUUAAGUCCUUUCUCUUUGUGGCAUAUAAUUUGUUAAAUCCAUGUAUGAGGGUUUAAUUGUAUAUAAUCAAAUUAUUUAAAACAAAACUAGUACAUGAAUUUGAUUCUAAAAUUUGUUACCAAAGGAUAUUCAGUAAAAAGUGGGUUUCCUUCCCCUUCACACCGAUCCAGUCCCUUACAUGACCAGUGACAGGAGUGUAUUCCUCCAGAGGUAUUCUAUGCACAUGGAAGGGUAUGUGUCUGUAUCUCCUUUUAAAAACACAAAUGGUAGCAUAUGAUAUGUGCUCGUUUGCACCUUGCUUUUUUUGCUUAAUAUAUCUAGUUUAUAACUUAUAUAAAAAAAGUAUAUAAAAUCUUUAAUGGCCUAAUAAGCAAAUUUUGCAUUUGCCCUUAAAUAUCUACUGAUUUAUUUUUAUAAUUUUUGUGUCCAUACUAUUUGCAAGCAGUAUGUGUCAAUAGUCUAUUAAUUAAUAAAUAAAAAGCCAAUUUGGAUAGAAUCACUUUUUUACAGUGCUGGUUUUUUACUAAAAAUAUUUUUAAGUCCUUCAAAAAUUUGUAAGUGCAUCUUACAGAUCUGAAGAUCUUAGAAUUAUGCUACACUCAUUAACUUGUUUGAGUAUCAAUGUUCCUCAUACUCUACCGUUAAGAGCAUGACUGCUAAGGCUCCAACUUCUGUUACUUGCUCCUGACAAGAGUGAACAGACCUGAAAACCUUGAAAGAUUUUUCUGGCUGCUCGUAAUAAAAUGGCCACAUAAACAGGCCCAAAAAAGGCACAGAAGAUGUAGAACAGGCAUUCUUACACUCUACAGAAGAGUACGUAACACUGCAUUCCUGAUGCAGAGAGUGCUAAAUCAGCUCUAGAUUGUCUUAGCAUGUAUGUUUGUCAUUUUAAUACAUGAAUAGUUCAUUCAUAUAAAAGAUCAGUGAGUUCAGGGGAUGGUUAAUAGAUUUUUUUUUUUUUUAACUUUAGAAGUCUACUUUUCCCCUCUAAUUCAAUGUGGAGCCAGUAGCAUUGUUCAGAAUGUUUUUCCUACAUUCUAGGAGGUGAGAAGACUCUUCCAGCUUAGUCCUGAGUAAUCACGAGAGAUGAAGAGUCAGGAGGGUCUGCCUUAUCACAGACUGUGUGCUUCUAAAACUGAGGAAUAAAAAAAAUGUGUUAUGCAAAUG